AUGUCUAGCACAGAUACCACAAUAAUCACUACUGUAACCAGUACCACUGAAACUACUACCACUGCUACCCCUACUAUUUCAAUAGAUACUGGAGAUGUUGCUUGGAUGAUAACAGCAACAGCAUUAGUAUUAAUGAUGACUCCAGCUUUGGCAAUUUUCUAUGCUGGUUUAGUUCAUAGAAAAAAUGUUUUAAAUCAACUAUUUUUAGUAUUUCUAUGCAUGGGAGUUAUUUUUGUUCAAUGGGUAUUAGUUGGCUUUUCAUUUGCAUUCGGUGAUCCAGUUAGUCCUGGUUUUGGAUCGUUUGCUGAAGCUGCAUUACGUUUUAAUGGUGAUCGAUUUGAUCCAAUUUAUUGUCCAACUUUUUCACUUUUAACUUAUGCCACAUAUCAAGGAACAUUUGCUAUCAUUACAUGUGCAAUUAUAUCUGGAUCAAUUGUUGGUAGAAUUCGGUUGGUUCCUUAUAUAAUAUUUAUACUCGUUUGGACUACAGUAUGUUAUGAUCCAAUGGCUCAUUGGGUUUGGGGUUCAAAUGGUUGGUUAAAAAGUUUAGGAACAUUGGAUUUUGCUGGUGGAACUGUUGUUCAUAUUCUAUCAGGAGUUUCAGGUCUUGUUGCUGCAAUAAUUAUUGGAAAACGACAUGAUUAUGCUCCUCAACAGACCUCUGCUCAUAACCUUCCAUUAACAGUAUUAGGCACUGGCCUUAUUUGGGUAGGUUGGAUUGGAUUCAAUGCUGGUUCAGCUACUGCAGCUAAUGGUUUAGCAGCACUUGCUUUGGUAAAUACAAACGCAGCUGCAGCUUCUGGCUUAUUAACAUGGAUUAUAUUAGACCUUAUUCGUGGUCAAGUAUCAAUAUCAGGAGCUUGUUGUGGUCCCUUAAUUGGUUUGGUUGCAGUAACACCAGCAUCUGGUUUUAUUCAACCUGGCUGGGCUCUUCUUUUCGGAAUAAUAGCAACAUUUAUUAUUUAUAUUGCUCUUCUCUAUAAACAUCGAAUGGGAAUAGAUGAUACACUCGAUGUUGGUAUUAUGCAUGGUGGAGGUGGUAUCAUAGGUGCAUUUUUGACAGGAUUAUUUAGUGAACGAUCAAUGAAUACAAUAAAUGGUGCUGAUGGUGCUUUCUAUGGUAAUCCGAUUCAAAUGUGGUAUCAACUAGCUGGAAUUCUUACUGCAAUUGGUUUUAGUAGUGUGUGUACAAUUGGGAUUCUAUUACCUUUAAAAUGGACAAUCGGUAUUCGUAUAUCAGUUCAAGAUGAAAUUGUUGGUCUCGAUUGGGCAGUUCAUGGUGAAAGAUGGGAAAUUGUGGGAAAUGAGACUAAAACGAAUAAAUUGACCGCAAUGACGAUAAAACCUCCUGUUAAUAUUGAUCCAAGAAGAAACGAAAGAGCUUCAGCACGUGGUCGAUCUCGAUCACGAGCAGUAAGACUUCGAAAGAAACCUGGUUUAUCAACUGCUGCACUGGUUCGCUCUUCGAAACCCGCCUAUACUUUACCAGUUUAA